AAAUUCCAAAAUCAGAAAGGUGGUUGGCACUAAAUAAAAUCGAUUCCCCUACUCGCGUUCACCUCGUUCUCCCUGAAUUCGAUCUGGUUCAUCUUCCCUCUUCUUUCUCUCUCCUCUUCAACAAUGGCGCUUCUCCACCGAGUCAACAACUCCAAAUCUCUCUCCUCCCUUCUCCGCCCCUUAACCUCCGCCACCCACCACCGUCUCUUCUCCUCCGAUUCCUCCAAAACCCUAACAAUUGAAACCAGCAUCCCUUUCAAAUCCCACAUCAUCGAACCCCCUUCUCGCUCCGUCGAUACGACGCCGUCUGAACUCAUGGACUACUUCCGUAGCAUGGCCCUUAUGCGGCGAAUGGAAAUCGCCUCCGAUUCCCUCUACAAAGCCAAGCUUAUUCGAGGGUUUUGCCAUCUUUACGACGGUCAAGAAGCCGUCGCUGUUGGUAUGGAGGCCGCCAUUACUAAAAAGGAUAAUAUAAUCACCGCGUAUCGUGAUCAUUGUAUUUAUCUUUCGAGAGGUGGUUCGCUCGUUAGCGCUUUCGCCGAAUUGAUGGGGAGACAAGAUGGGUGUUCAAGGGGUAAAGGUGGGUCGAUGCAUUUUUAUAAGAAGGAUUCGGGUUUUUACGGCGGUCACGGGAUUGUUGGUGCUCAGGUUCCGUUGGGUGUUGGGCUUGCUUUUGCUCAGAAGUAUAAUAAGGAAGAUACUGUAAGUUUUGCUUUGUAUGGUGAUGGUGCUGCUAAUCAAGGACAAUUGUUUGAGGCUUUGAAUAUGGCUGCGCUUUGGGAUCUGCCUGCUAUUUUGGUUUGUGAAAAUAAUCAUUAUGGUAUGGGAACUGCAGAAUGGAGGGCGGCAAAGAGCCCAGCUUAUUACAAACGUGGAGAUUAUGUUCCUGGAUUAAAGGUUGACGGUAUGGAUGUAUUGGCUGUGAAACAAGCUUGCAAAUUUGCCAAGGAAUAUGUUUUGAAGAAUGGGCCAAUUAUACUUGAGAUGGACACUUAUAGGUAUCAUGGACACUCAAUGUCUGAUCCUGGCAGCACUUACAGGACACGUGAUGAGAUUUCUGGAAUUAGACAGGAACGUGACCCUAUUGAGAGAGUCAGGAAGCUGAUAUUGGCUCAUGAUAUUGCUGCAGAAAAGGAACUAAAGGAUAUUGAAAAGGAGGUCAGGAAAGAAGUGGAUGACGCCAUUGCUAAGGCUAAGGAGAGUCCCAUGCCUGAUAAUUCUGAGCUUUUUACAAAUAUAUACGUGAAAGGUUAUGGAGUAGAGUCAUUCGGUGCUGACAGAAAAGUACUUAGAACUGCUCUACCAUGAGCCAAAGUAACAUUUUGAUGCGAGUCGUAUGGAGAUGAGAUGGAAACUUGAAAUAAAAGAUUUUGACCCAAUUUUUAUAGGCUUGUGCUUUCUAUUGUUGUAUAGGUUUUUCUCGCUCCUACAAGUUAGGGCCACUGCCUUGUUGCAGUGGAUGUGAUACAGCUCUAAAUUCGUCUCGUGUAUUGAUUAACGAAAUUUCAUGUGUGAUUCAGGAUCUAGUUGUGUUGCUUUGAUCAGAGCUUUAUACACAAGUCAAUAAUUUGACUUACAUAAAGCGCUUUUUGUGCUUCACAAAUCACAAUAUACAAAUAACGCACCAAAUUGUUGCUGAAAGCAUCAAGGCCUUGGCUGAUUAUUGUUAUUUUUUCUACCUUUGCUGAUUUUUUGAAACAUUAAAUUUUUGUUAAAGAGUGUCUAGAUGCUCAGUGUUGGGUAUUCAUUACCUGUUGUAUCACUUGUAUGCUUAAACUAUUGUUGAUGUUAUUGGCUAUGACAUUGACCAAGUAUUGAAUUCAGAAA